GCCAUUUUCCAAGCCAUGUCGACCUCUAGAACCUCAGACGUUUCCCUCAAAGGAUAUCAGUCUAAACCAACCCAAAUGAAUUUGUCUCUUCUUCAACGUAACGCAUCAACUUCUGGUGAGAGAAGAGGGCGAGGAAAGCAAGCAGAACCUGGAAGGUUUCUUGGGGUGAGAAGACGCCCUUGGGGUAGAUAUGCUGCUGAAAUCAGAAACCCUUUAACUAAAGAAAGACAUUGGCUUGGAACAUUUGACACUGCCGAAGAAGCAGCUCUUGCUUAUGACAGAGCUGCUCUGUCCAUGAAAGGAUGCCAAGCAAGAACCAACUUCGUAUACUCUAAAGAUACCAACAUUUUCCACAAUGCUCUCACUCCUUUCAAUUCUCAACCUCUCUUGCCACCUUCACAUAACACUCACAACAACAUGCAACUAACCAAUCAAACUACCCUAUCUCACCUUCCUACUUUCACUUCCCACGUUGAAAACCCUUCUUCUGACUUAUAUGCUGACAGUGAAACUGCUUUUGGGUCACCUCAGGAUGAUAAUUUCUUCUUCUCCACUCAGUCUAACUCUGGCUACCUUGAAUGCAUAGUUCCCGGUAACUGUUUCAAGAAGAGCAAUGCCAGUGCUUCAGGUCGUGACCUAGAGGUUGGCCACGUUAACUCAAACUCCAUGCAGAUUCAGCCACAUUUUGACACCACUCAAGAAGCCUUCAACAUGCAAGCAACAGUCGCCCCUGACUAUGCAGAUUUUUCUUGCCCAACUGAUCUUGGUAAAGGAUUAUGGGAUAAUCAUCAAUCAUGGGAUUGCAGUUCCAAUGAACUGGCAGCUAUGUUUAAAAAUCCAUCAAGGGUUGUUGAGGAAGGGUGCAUGGAUGCGUUGCAUCCAUUCACUGAUAGCUCAAACUAUGAGCUAAUAACUCAGGUUGUUUCUUCAACUACAUAUUCUCCAUCAGUUCCUCCCUUUGGGAAUGUUGGCUCAGCAUACUCUCCCUUCUGA